AUGGUAAAGCCGGAAGAGACGCACGGGAAUGAUGCCCUUCCUCAAGGGCACGCCGACCGUGACGUCAAUGAUGGCUUCUCGGAAGAGCAGCGGAGAAAAAGAAAGGAACGGCGGACCGGCCACACCGGUCCGGCGAGGCCUCGGGCCUCCAAGCCUCCUCCUCUCGAGUCUUGCCUCGUGCGACUUCGUCGUCCACUCUCGCAUAUCAUCAUGAAGUGCCUGCUGGUCGUUGCCGUUAUCUUGGGAGUCGUUUGCCUCAGCUCCGCCUUCCCCUACGCCUAUCCCAAUUUUGGCGUUGGUGGGGGCUCCGUUGGGGGCGCCUACGGCGGAUCCUUCGGGGGUAGCAAUCCCUUUGGGGGCAGCUACGGUGGGAACUACGGUGGAGGGUUCGGUGCCACCCAGGGAGGACUGGGUGGGUUCGGUGGAGCCGGUGGAAGCAGCUACGGCGGGGGAUACGGCGGAAGCUUCGGUGGUAGCAAUCCCUUUGGAGGCAGCUACGGUGGCAACUACGGAGGUGGCGUCGGUGGGACUGGCGGCUACCUCUUCGGGUGAACCUCAAGGAAAAUACCAAAGUCUUUCAGUGUGAAUGCGACUCGGCGUGACUGAAACUUGCGAACAUGGAUCUCCUCAAUGAACAAUGGCAAUAAAAUCGCGAGUGUGAAAGGACACACGAUA